CAGGAGAUGAUUUGUUAUCGAAUUAAUGGGCAAAUUAAAGGAAUUGAAACUACUUUGGUUAAUGAAGCCAGCAAAUUAACUGAAAGCAAAAUAAAAGAUCUUAAUGAAGAACAAGAAAGAUUAAGAAAGGAAACUGAAGAAUUAAGGAAAAAAUUAGGCGAGCAUGAUGCAGCUUGGUGA